AUAGUUAUAUCAUUUUUUAUUAAGAUUCCAAUAUUUUUAUUCCAUGGGUGAUUAUUAAAAGCUCAUGUUGAAGCACCUGUAUUUGGGUCAAUAAUUUUGGCUGGAAUUUUGUUGAAAAUAGGAACAUAUGGGUUAUUACGAUUUAUAAGAAUAUUUUUUGUAAAUUUUAUUAAUUUAAAAUUUUGAUUGCUAAUUUUUAGCAUAUUAGGUAGAAUUUAUAUUAGAAUUGUUUGUAUUCGACAAAUUGAUAUAAAGGUAUUAGUCGCAUAUUCAUCUGUAGUUCACAUAAAUUUAUUACUUUGUGGAAUAAUAACUUUUUUAAAGAUAGGUAUAUUAGGAGCUUAUAUAAUAAUAAUUGCUCAUGGAUUAUGCUCUUCAGGAUUAUUUUAUUUGGUUAAUAUUUGUUAUCAGGAGAGUAAUAGUCGUUUAAUAAUUUUAAAUAAAGGGUUUAUAAUAUUUUUACCUUCAAUAAGAUUAAUUUGGUUUCUAUUAUGUUCUUCUAAUAUAUCUGCCCCUGUUUCUUUAAAUUUAGUUAGAGAAGUACUUUUAUUAAUAAGUCUAGUAUUAAUCAAUAAAAUUUUAAUUUUAUUGCUAAUAUUUUUAUGUUUUUUUUCAUUUUUAUAUACUUUGUAUUUAUUUAGAUAUGUUCAGCAUGGUAAAAUUAAUUUUUAUCUAAACAUUGGAGGGAAUAACAUAUUAAAUUUUUAUAUUUUAAUUAUUCAUUGAGUUCCUCUGAAUAUUUUAUUUUUAAAUUUAUUU